CGAUACGCUCGGCGCUCGGCGCGCCAGGCCUGCCGCGCAUGCGCGCUGCGCGCUGUACGGCAACGGGACGCGGGAUACAAGAUGGCGGCGCCCGGUGGCGGCAUGGAGGGCGCGGAGGAGCCCGAGGGGUUCGUGCUGGGGCGGCUGGAGCAGGAGGCGCUGAAGCGGCGGGAGCGGCUCAAGGCCCUGAGGCAGCGCACGCUGCAGAACAAGGAGGGUGGAGAACCUGAACCCAAAAUUCCCAGAGAAGAUGAGGAAGAGGAGCCAGUCAAGCACAGGGAGAUCAAGCUGCGGAAUUACGAUCCCGAGGAUGAGGAGCUGAAGAAGAGGAAGCUGCCCCCGGCCAAACCUGCCUCAGUGGAGGACACGGUGAAGGAGCAGCUGGAAGCGGCCAAGCCGGAGCCAAUCAUCGAUGAGGUGGAUUUGGCAAACUUGGCUCCCAGGAAACCUGACUGGGAUUUGAAGCGGGAUGUGUCCAAGAAGCUGGAAAAGCUGGAGAAGAGGACCCAGAGAGCCAUCGCGGAGCUGAUCCGAGAGCGCUUGAAAGGGCAGGAGGGGGAGCUGGCGUCGGCUGUGGGAUCAGCAAAGCAGGAGGGAAGCGACUCCGACUGAGGAGAAUCCAUCAGGAACGGGCUCUGGAUCUGCCUGGCACCGACCCUGCGUCCCUCAGUCCCUCCCUGCUCGGGACUGCUCAUCCCUCUUCCCAAACUUCCCCAAAUCCUGCUGUGCCUGGAGGAGAGGCAGAUCCAAGGAGCCUGGCUGGCUGCUGAGGAACUUCCAUGGAAAACUUUCUGGGAUUUGGGGGGAUUGAUGGGAGCAGGACAGAUCCCCCCCCAGUUAGCUGGAACUUCUUUGGAGCAAGGAGAAUUGGAAAACUCCAGGCUGGGGCUGGAAAGGUCAAUCCAGACUGGCUGGGAAAGGAGGGGGAUGCCAGCAGCCCUUGGAAAAGCAGGAUCAUUUCCCAGGGAUUGGUGCUCCUGUUCCUGUGCAGACACUCCUUGAGGCUCUGAGUGUUUGGGAAUAUCCAUGGCCAGUCUUGGAAUUCCUCUGGGAAGGGGCAGUGUGGCUCGGGAAUUGUUGGCUGCUCUGCAUCCAGCUGAGUUUAAUGUGGGAUUUGCUUUGCUCCCGAAUUUCCUGACCCUCCAGGAGCAUGUCCUGCUCCUCCUGGAGGUUUUUUAUUGUUAAUGGAUCUUUUCCUAAUAAAACAAUUCCAUGUGGAAAAA